GAAUUUCCGGGGUAUUAAUACAACGCAAGUGCAGCCAACUUCACACCCAGCGUCAGGCGUCACAAUCGGCAGCUUUCAUUUCAGUCGAUCCUCUCCUCUGUCGAUAGAAGUAUCUUAUCGUUAUUAUUCCAGUUGCUUGUUUGUUAACUUCUGAUUAUUCUGAUAUUUCAAGAUUGUGCAUCGACCCUGAACUCAGUCCUCCACGUUUCCUUUGCCAAUAACAUAAUUUUGGCAGUUUUUUGUACAAAGGACUGAACAAUUACGGAAUACCAGCAAUGCAUUAUGUAAAUCGAAUGAGUUCAAGUUUGUGAUUUUUGACUGUAAUCAAUUCAAGUGAAAAUAAAUACAACAGAAGGUGUGGACGACUACUGGAGACACUCCAGGGAUCAGCAUCAUCAUCAUCAACUUGUCUACCAACCCAUGCAAUGACCACGAUGGAUUCAGACUCAGAAAGUCAGGACAGCGACGACGGACGUCGGUUCCGGUUCGAGGCCACCAGGAAAGACUCAACAGCUCCUCUCCACACCUACAGACGAGACACAUCAUCGCAUACCAAUGCCUCGAGACACUGCAGAACGCGAUCGAGGGACAGAACGAGACAUCCACGAGGGGAAUACAGGGACAGUCCUGCCAGCACAAUAGAACGUACCACUGAUCGUAGCCACUACGACGAGCCCCGGAGCUCCAAAGAACGAAAAACUGCGAGCACUGAUUCAGGAAGAAAAAGGGAAAGUGGAAGUAAAAAUAGAGAUAUCAAAAAAUCCCACAAGACAUCGAGAGACACCGAAAGAAGAAAUUCCAGUUGUCGGGACGACAGAGUCCUGAAACAUCGAGAUGAUAAACGAAAACAUUCACGUGACAGAAAUCGAGAGACUAAAAGCAGUGGAAAACUUCGAAAAUAUUCACGAGAUCGUGAUCAACUCCGACGGAGAGAAAAAUCUGGUGAAAGUAAAAAAUCAAGUUACGAAAAAAUUGUGAGUCUCGAUAAAGAAAAGACAAAUAAUUUUGGAGACAAACUCAGUGAAGAUAAACCUGACUCUCAGGAUUGUAAAGACUUGAAUCUGUCUGAUUUUGAUAUUGUGUCAGACACUGAGGGAAAUUCCGAUAAUUCCACCUCAACAGCUAUUGAAUCAGGAAAUGGGGAGAUUGAAAGGCGGAAUUGUAAGGGACCGGUUAAUGAUAAGGUAAAAUUGAGGAGUGAUGAUAAAUCAUCAGGUUCGUAUUUAAGUAACCCUGAUGACUUUUCAGAUUUCUUAUUAGCGUCAACAUCAGCAAAAACGAUUACAGCUGAUGAUAGUGAUAUUCAAAACUCAAAACAUGAUGAGACAGGGUUUGCUAAUUCGAAUGGAAAGAAAGAACCUCAGACAACUGCCAAUAAAUAUGAGGAUAUCGAUGAAGAAAUGUACGGGCCCGCUCUGCCGCCGACAAUCGAAGGAAAUAGUGGUACCAAGUUGAGGAUAAUCGGUCCAACUCUGCCAGAUUAUCUGACCAAUACGAGCACUCAUCAUGUACCUGAUGAAGAGGACAAGACGUUUGGUCCUGCGUUGCCAGAAAAUCUAGGAAAAUUUGAAGGAUCAAGUGGGAGAUCUGAUCGAUCUGCUGGUGAAGCUCGUCUAGCUGAAGGGGAUGAUGAAGAUGGGAGCAUUGGACCACUCCCUGCUGAUCAUCCGACCUUGCAAUAUGAUUUUGUCCAGAAGCAGUUGGAAUACAGAGCUCAGCUCAUAAAAAGAGAACUUGCGGAAAUUGGCGAUGCAGACGACCGAAAGAGGGAGGAAUGGAUGACAGAAUUACCUAGAGUCCAGGGGGUAAAUGGUGGUCUUACAGCCAGAAAAUUCCGCAUGAGAGCUGGCCCAGAUCUGUCGGAUCAAUCGGUCUGGACCGAUACACCUGCCGAUCGGGCAAAAAAAAGGAAAGAAUAUGCAAUGGGCAAGUCAGCGGAGCAAAAUGGAGAACCUAAGAAAAAUUUACCUGACGAGAAGGAGUCAAAAAAGAGAAAAGGAAAAUCAUUGCUCGAGAUGCACCAGAAGAAAUUACACGCAAAGAAAAACAAACAGAAAAAAGAAGACAAAAAGUCCGGAAAACUGCCAGAACGUCGACCCUUCGAUCGCGAUGUUGAUCUUCAGGUCAACCGGUUCGAUAAGGCGCGUCAAAAGAGUAUCUUGAUCAAAGCUGCAGCCCUGGACGAUCGUUUUUCAAGUGGAAAAAUCUAAAUUGUGGAUUGAUCAAGUGAAAAGGACUGAUGGAAGGAAAUGCGGAUUAUUCAAUAUUAAUAAACAAACAAUGACUGGUGCAUUUGGCUGAUGGGACUCAACAACAUUUUUGGGGCCCGCUUAAUGAAUAACUGAACUGAACUGUUCACAGUUCAUCAAAAGAGUUUAUUUUUUAUCCUGGAAAAGGCGAAUGCUGUAGUAAAUGUGACGUUGUGCACCGUUUGCAAUAAUAUUUACUACUGCUCAGGUGGAAGAUUGAAUUAUAAAAUGUAAUCUACACUAUUUCCUUCAAUCUUUCAACGUGAAAAACAAUUUUUUGAAAAUAAAAUCCGAGUAUACAUUUUUUCGAACGUUGUCACGUCGCUUUUCAUUAAAUUUUUUAUCUUUACAGUCAUGUAAUUUUACAUUGGAUUAUUGUCUCUAGAAUAACGUCAAAAAUUAUAAAUAUAUAUUAUUUUUUAAAAA